UUCACGCGAGGGGUAUUAUCGUCAAAUAAGCAGGCCAACGAAUAUACGCUCUUCCAGCUACCUGACGCCAAAAUUCCUCUUCGCAGAAGAUCGCCGAUCUCGAACGAUGACGGAAAUGGAGAAAAUGGAGGCUAUGAAAAGAGCGUAUGCAGAAAUGAUACUGAACACGGCCAAGGAGGCGGCAUCGCGCGUAAUGGUGGCGGAGCUAAGAGCGCGGCGGACGGAGCAGGAGUUGGUUUCCGUAAAACAAGAGGCUGCUAACAUGCUCCUUCGCUUGAAGCAAAUGAUUGACACAAAGACUAAAGAAGCAGAGAUAACAUCACUGGACCAAAAGAAUAAAUUCGAGGUGCUGGAAUGCCAGCUAAAUGAAGCAGAAGGUAUCAUUUUGGACCUUAGAGAGGAACUGAACCAUGGACAGGAGCAACUCGACAAGUUGAAGAAGAAACAAGUGGUCCUUAAGAGACAGAAUGAACAAAAUGCAGACGAGUGCAGUUUAACAAUGAAGGUCAGAAGUAGUGGUUAUGAGCUUUUGACUUCAUCCUUGAACCCUGGACCUGAAUUUAGUACCAUCACUAGAAAUAAUUUAUUGUCGGAUUGGAGCACACUCGACCAAGGGAGUCAAAGUUCUGCUAAACAGAAUGUAACUCUGUAUUCUGAAAGCAAUGCUGGUUUGGAUGAGAUAAAUGAGUCUGAUCAGUUCGAGAGUGGAUGUGCACAGCGAACUUGUGCAAAUGAGACAACCUUAGUGGAGGAGAACUUUUCUGAUGUGGAGAAAUUGAUUCAAAGUGAAAAUUGCACCACUGUAGAGCGUGUAAAUGCUUUCGAGAGCACUUCUGUAUUAGACGAAAACAUCCAAUAUGGAAACAGUGAAGCUCCUUCUAUAGUCCGUAGAAGUGUUAGGAAGAGAAAACUCAAGUUCUGAGAUGAUGUCAUUGCUGCAUGUGGAUUGCAGUUCAAGAAACCUCGUUUGGGAUCUACAGAUCCUUCAUGUUUGGGUGCACGCAAAAUGAAAAUGAGUGUGCAACAUGGCGAAGACCUGGCAGAAGGUGGGACUAAAAUCGAGAGUCUUGAUGCUGCAGAGGUCUCAAAAGGACUUAUCAACACUGAAACUGUACCAGAAAAUACAGAGUUAAUUGAUGUGUUGGUAAAACAUGAUGAUCUUGCUGGAACUACCGAGCUGACUAGUGCGUUAAGAAUUGAAUGUGAUGUGGAAGAUGGCGCUGCAGCUAAAGCAUCAACUCUAAGUUGUACUGAUGGCAAUAAACUGUGUAGAUAUACAUUUAACAGGAGAUGGAGAAAGAAAUCCGUUAUUUACCCCGAGAAAGUUCUUGAUGGAGGCUCUUGAAAUCCAAGCUUGUCAUGACUGAAUCUUAUAAGAAGCUGGCAACUGGUGAAGGCUCAUCAGGUUAGUAAUUCUUUUAGGUAAUAGCAUUUUGGUGAUGCAAUAUUUUGAUUUGUUUGAGAUUCCUGUACCAUGCUUCUAGUCUGCUCUCUAUAGAGAUAGUAAGAUCCCAUUCCCAUUGAUUGAAAUAGAAAUCUCCAAUCAUCUGAAUCCCUUUCUUUUCAAACCACAAAAACGAGAAUUCAUGAAAUAUCUCUUGAUCAAAAGAGUGGGACUCCAAAUUCAGAGUUUUGAUUUUAAAUCGUUCGAAAUUGAUUAGAGUUGUCGAGCAAACCUCUUGCUGAACAGUCUUGCUCUUUAUGUAUAAAUCAUGUUUUCACACUUUAAAUGAAUCAAAGACUUAUUCUAAACUGGUUUAUAUCUUGUGCAGCUUAUUUGUAGUCUGGAAACAGUUUUAGUAUUAUUGUGUUUCGAGGAACUUCGAAGCUACUGAGCCAUGAAGGAUAAAGGCAAGUAGUUUUAUGUUUAUGUGAGUUCAUGACACUCACACAAGCUUCAAACUCAAAGAUAGAUGCAGAUAUGGGAUAUCCCUAUUUAUGAUGUGUUAUCUAUAAUUCAUAGUUGUUAUUUCUGUUUAUUUUAGUUGUCAUAUCUUUCCUGACUCGGUGCUAUUACCAUUUCAUCAUAUUCUUGUCCUUUUAUUCAUAUGGUGGAAGUAUAUACUCUUGAGCAAA